GCCUGGGAGGGGAAGGCGAGGAUUUCGGGCUAAUCCUGGCCAUGCAUCCGCUUUCCGCUUGCGGAGCGGAAGCAAAGCCCCAAAAAACCAGGCUGGGAUGGGGGCACGGGGCUGCUGAGAGCAGAGGAAAGGGGGGGAGCCCAUGAGCACGCCGAAGUCGGAGGCUGCGAUCGAGCGGCCGUCCCCGGGGCCAUGUCCUCGCUGCUGUCCCUCCAGGAGGAGAACCGCAUCCUGCAGCAGGAGCUGUCGCGCCUCGAGGACCUGCUGGCUCAGAGCCGCGCCGAGCGCGAUGAGCUGGCCAUCAAGUACAACGCCAUCAGCGAGCGGCUGGAGCAGUCCCUGCGGCUGGAAGCGGGCGAGCGGGACGUGGCGGAGAGCCGGAGCCUGGCGCAGCACAACAUCGAGCUGCGGCGGCUGCUGGACGAGGAGCAGGCUGCCUACAAGCGCAAGCUGCAGGCGUACCAGGAGGGCCAGCAGCGGCAGGCCCAGCUGGUGCAGAAGCUGCAGGCCAAGGUGCUGCAGUACAAGAAGAAAUGCGGCGAGGUGGAGCAGCAGCUGCUGGAGAAGGCGACGGAGCUGGAGCAGGAGAGGCUGACGGGGCUGAUGUCCCCGCAGAGCCAGCUGGACAUCAGCAGCUCGCAGCUGGAGGAGGAGAGCAGCAACGAGCUGGAGAACGCGUUGAUCCGGCUGGAGGAGGAGCAGCAGAGGAGCAGCAGCCUGGUGCAGGUGAACUCGAUGCUGCGGGAGCAGCUGGAACAAGCCAACGUGGCCAACGCGGCGCUGAGCGAGGACAUCCGCAAGCUGACGGCCGACUGGACGCGGGCGCGGGAUGAGCUGGAGCAGCGCGAGGCCGAGUGGAGGCGCGAGGAGGAGUCCUUCAACGCCUACUUCAGCAACGAGCACGGCCGCCUGCUGACCCUCUGGAGGCAGGCGGUGGCUUUCCGCCGGCACUUCGGCCAGCUGCGAGCCGCCACCGAGAGGGACCUGGCGGAGCUGAGCCAGGAGGUGUCCCGUGCCGGCCGUGCCGCCCACGCCGCCUGCGUGCAGCUGGGAGCCCACCUGCGGCUGGCCGAGGGCCGGGCAGGGGCCGUGCGGGAGCAGCAGGCGCAGCAGCUGGCGCAGCUGGAGGAGCAGCUGGCGGCCAGGGCGCGCGACGCCGAGCUGGAGAAAACCGCGCUCGGGGACAGGCUGGCAGAGCUGACGGCGGCCCUGGAGCGGCUGCGGGAGGAAGGUGGGGAGAAGGAGCGGGCGGUGGCGGCGCUGACGCUGCAGCUGCAGAAGAUGGAGGCCUCUCGUGCUCAGGAGCCAUCAGCAGAAGAGGUGCAGGCGCUGCGCGCGGAGGUGGAGCUGCUCCACCAGACGCUGCAGGACAUCACCCAGGCGGUGCUGGCCGAUGACCCCGGGUCCCCGACGGAGGCUCCGAGGCUCCCCUGCCGCAGCCUCUCGCCUGCUGCAGCUGCGGCCACGUUGGGGGCUGUGCACGGAGCCCUGCGGCGCCGGCACUUCCAGCUGCAGGAGGCCCGGGAGGUGUCGGGGAGCCUGCGGCGGGAGCUGGGGGACAGCGAGAGCCGGCGGGCGGCCCUGGAGCAGCGGCUGGAGCAGCUCAGCGCCGAGGCUGGGGGCUGCCGGCGGGCGCAGGACGAGGCCGUGCGCGAGGCCGCCCGCCUGCGCGCCGACAUCGAGCUCCUGCGCAGCGAGCGGGGCCGCGUGGAGCAGGCGCUGGCGGCGGAGCAGGCGCGGGCGGGGGUCCUGCAGCGCAGCGAGGCCGAGCUGCAGCGCCGCGGCCGGGGGCUGGAGGAGCAGCGGGACGAGGCCGCCCGUGCCGCCGAGGCUGCGCGCCAGCAGCUGGAGCACAGCCAGCAGCAGCUGGAGCAGCUGGAGGGGCAGCGGGCGGCGGCGCAGCAGGAGCUGCUGCAGGCGCGGGAGGCGCUGAGCCGGGCGCAGCUGGAGGCCGAGGUGGCGCGGGGCGAGCGGGCGGCGCUGGACGAGGCGCUGGCACAGGCUCAGGGCAGCAGCGCGGAGCUGGAGGCAGCGCUGCAGGAGGCGCGGGCGGAGGCAGCCCAGCUGCGGGAAGCCCUGGCACGGGGCAGCGAGCUGUCGGCCAGCCUGGCCCGGGAUAAACGAGAGCUGAGCCGGACCCUGGCGGGGCUGGAGGAAGAGCGGGAGGCGGCCGGGGAGGCGACGCGGGCGCUGGAGGGGCUGCGGGCACGGCUGGGGCAGCUGGAGCGAGGCCGGAGGGACGUGGAGGCCGAGAGGCUGGGCCUGGAGCGGGCGCGCAGGGCGGCGGAGAGGGGCUGCGAGGGGCUGCGGGCAGAGCUGCGGGCACUGCGCGGGCAGCAGCAGCAGCUGCGGGAGCGGCUGGGGCAGGCGCUGGAGGAGCAGAGCGCGGCGGGGGAGGCGCUGGCACAGGCCCGGGGCGAGCAGGAGCGGCUGAGCACGGCGCUGGAGCGCGCCACGCAGGAGCGCGAGGGGCUGGCCAAGGAGGCGGCCAGCGUGGCCGUGCAGCUCGCCGCCGCCCAGCGCGACGCCCGCGCCUGCAGCCAGGAGGCGGACGGCCUCAGGGCGGAGAAGGCGGCGCUGGAGACCGGCCUCUUCGAGGCACAGGAGGAGCUCGGGCAGCUCCGCGCACGCGGCCAGCAGCUGGAGGCUGAGGGACGGGCACUGCGCGUGGCCAAGGAGGGGCUGCAGGAGGAGCUGGGCACCGUGCGGCAGCGGCUGGCAGUGGCGGAGCAGGAGGCGGUGAACCUGCGCGGGACCCAGGUGGCACGCGAGGACGAGCUCGAGCGGCUUCGGGGAGAGAAGCGGGAGCUGGAUGCGGAGCGGGGCCGCUUGGUGCGGGAGCAGGAGGAGCUGGCGGCCGAGCUGGCGGCGGCGCGGACGCAGCACGACGAGGGGCUGCUGCGUGCCGAGAGCGAGAAGCAGCAGGCGCUGGCGCUGCAGGAGGAGGAGAAGGCGGCGCUGGCGGGGACGCUGGCGGGGCUGCAGCAGAGCCUGGCCGAGGCCACGGCCGAGCUGGAGCGGCAGCGGCACGAGGCCACCGGGCGCCACGAGCAGCAGCAGAGCCUGGCUGCGGAGCUGCACACCCUGCGGGCACAGGCGGAGGCCGCGGCGGAGGCCCAUGAGCGGGAGGCCAAAGCUCUCCGCGAGCAGGUGGUGGCGGUGGCCAAGCAGCGCGACGGCGCCCUGCGGGAGGCGGAGGAGGUGCGGGCGCAGCUGCAGCUGGUGGCGGAGGCGCGGGCAGCAGGGCAGCAGGCGCUGCUGGAGGCGCAGCGGGCGGCACAGGAGAGCCGCGAGGGCCGCGAGGCGCAGCGCAGGCAGGCGCAGGAGGCGCGCAGGGCGCUGGGCGACGAGGCCAGGGAGAAGGAAGCCCUGAGGCGCUCCAACGAGGAGCUGCGGGCGGCCCUGCGGCGCACCGAGGGCGAGCGCAUCAGCCUGAAGCGGGCCAGCGAGGAGAAGGAGCAGCGGCUGGCGCUGCUGGCGGGCGGGCAGGCGGCGGCGGCCAGGGAGACGGAGAGGCUGCGGGGGGCCCUGCGGCAGCUGGAGCACGACCGCCUCGAGGCGCGCCGCGAGCUGCAGGAGCUGCGCCGGCAGGUGAAGGCGCUGGACAGUGAGAACAGCAAGAAGAGCAGGGAGCUGGAGGAGCUGCAGGCACGCGUGGCCCUGGAGGAGCAGCGGGAAGAGGAGAGCCGCCGGGAAGCCUUCGGCCUCAGGAGGAAGGUGGUGGAGAGCGAGGCUGGCAUGGAGGCCACCAGGAAGGAGCUCCAGCACCUGCAGCAGAGGCUGUCGGAGGCGGAGGGCGAGUUCCAGCAGCGGGAGAAGGAUCUGUCCCGCAGCCUGGAGGAGGCUCGCGGCCACGAGAAGAAGCUGCUGGCCGAUGCCCGCAACCUGCAGCUGAAGAUGGAGGCGGCGCGGAGCGAAGCGGCCGAGCUGAGCCUGCGCCUGAGCGCGGCUGAGGGCCGGGCGCAGGGGCUUGAGGCUGAGCUGGCCCGCGGCGAGGAGCAGCGCCGGGCUGCCGAGACGCGCCUGGGCAGCCUCCAGUCCGCCCUGCGCCGCACCAUGGGCAUCGGCCGGGCCCGUGCUGCUUCCCUGGGCAAGGGCGGUGCCACGGAGGGGACGGGGACCCCUGGCUCGUCCCCGGACCCCGAUGCGGCCACCGAGCCCGAGGUGGUGCGGGCAGCGCUGCGGGAUUUCCUGCGUGAGCUGCAGGACGCCCAGCGGGAGCGGGAGGAGCUGCGGGUGCAGGUCUGCAGCCUGGGACAGCGGCUGGCAGAGGCGGAGGCGGAGCGGGACGGAGCCGGUGCCCGGGCACUGCAGCUGCAGAAGCUGGUGGCUGAGAGUGAGGAAGGGCGGCGGGGCGCCGACGGCAAGCUGGGCAGCGCGCAGGCUGCUCUGCUGCUGCAGGAGGAGACGCUGCGGCGGGGCGAGCGCGAGCGCCGGGCGCUGCUCGAGAAGGUGUCGGCGCUGGAGCGCAGCUUGCACGCCGCCGAGGGCGAGCGCCGCUCCGCCCAGGAGAAGAUGAGCAUGGUGAAAGCCAGCGAGGCCAAGCUGGAGGAGGACAAGCGGCGGCUCAAGGAGGGGCUGGAGGCUGCGGAGAGCCGCGGAGCCCGGCUGGAGCAGCAGCGGCAGGCGCUGGAGGACGAGCUGCAGCGGGCACGGCUGGCUCUGGGCGAGCAGCAGGCGGAGGCACGGGUGCUGCAGGACCGUGCUGAGCUGCUCCAGAGGCAGCUCGGGGAGAGCGAGCAGCGCGCCAGCACCUUGCAGCUCUCGGUGGAGCGUCUGAGCACGGUGCUGGUGGCCGAGGCUGAGAGCAGCUCGAAGGACCGUGCCCAGGGCUCGCCGCUGACCGACGGCAGCUCGGCCCCGCAGCGCCUGCAGCAGCUCCAAAGCGCCCUGACCGCCGGCGAGCUCGACCGGCGGAUGCUGCAGGAGAUGCUGGAUGCAGCCCGGCGGGCGCUUUCGGAGGCUCGGGAGGAGAAGAGCGCGCUGCGGGAGCAGCUGCGGGUGCUGCGGGGAGAGCGGGCGGCGCUGGAGCUGCGCAAGGAGGAGCUGGAGGCGCAGGUCCGGCGGCUGCAGGAGAUGCUGUUGCAGCAGGAGGAGAAGGAGGCGGCGGCGCUGCGGGGGCUGCGGGCGGAGAAGCGGGGGCUGCAGGAGCGUGUGGGCAGCCUGCAGAGCUCCCUGAGCCAGCUGGAGGCCGAGCGGCGCGAGGCUGAGCGCUCCUCCCUGCGCCUCGAGAAGGACAACAGUGCCCUGAAGAAGACCCUGGAGAAGCUGGCGCGGGAGAAGCUGAAGACGCAGGAGGACUCGCUGCGGCUGGCGGUGCAGAAGGGCCGCCUGCACCGCUCGCUGGGCACGGCCGAGCAGGAGCUGGCGGAGGCGCAGAAGCACAUCCAGGUGCUGCGGGCGCGGGUGUCGGUGCUGGAGCAGAGCCCCGGGGCAGCGCAGCAGCAGCAGCAGCAGCAGCGGGCGCUGGAUGCCCGUGACCGUGGCCACCACCCCCUGGAGCAGCAGGUCGCGCUGCAGCAGGAGCAGGCAGCGCAGGAGCCCCGCCGCCACCCCAGCAGCAUUUAGGGCCGUCGGGGUGAGCAGAGACCGGUGCAACUCAGCUCACGGGUGAGGGCCCCGCUGGGCUCAGCAAACACCUGUGGAUUUUUUUUUCUCGACGUUCCCAAAUCCCACUCUUCUCCAAAAAAAAAAGCAUCGUGUUACCGCUGAGACAACACUAGCGUAUUUUUGAUACAGGGAGGGUUUUCCCCCUGUUUUUUCUACUGCAGUUUUUUUUAUAACCAGGGAUUGGAAUUAGGACUUUUUGUAGUCCUGGGUGCCACCUGCACACAACGGGAGCAGCAGGAGCGCCGCGGUACCCGAGCGAUCAGCUUCCAGUGCUGCCCCCGUGGUGGGAUGCUCAACGGCUCCUAACUUUUCCUAACACCUCUUUUUUUAACAAAAACUAGUUUGUGCCAGGUUUUUUUGCACAAGUCAUGCAGGACGGGGAUUGUUAUUUUUUUUCUACCACUAUUUUUGGAGAUAUUUUUUUUUAUUGGUGCUACUGGGGUCUGAAUUUGGAGCUUGAGCCAGCAGCAGGCGUGAGUGCGGCCCCAACCCUUGUCCAUCCCCUCUAACCCUCUAUUAAACGUGCAGAAACCCAAACGGGCAGCCUGUGGUGAAUUAUUUCGGAAUGGCAGCCUUUUGGUGGAGGUUCAGGACGCGUAACAAAUUAUUAUUAUUAUUUAUACCUCCUUGGGGGUGAGUUGCAGCGCUUUGCACAAGGGCUAAAGGGGAGAGUCUCAGCACCCCAUUUUGGGGCUCUGCUCCUUGUUUGGGGCACUGGGAAUUGUAUCGGGGAUAAAACCUGGGGCUCCUGCCCAUGUGGGCACUUACAAAGCGGUGGAAGUGAAAUGGGGGCUGGCUCAGAGGGAGCCCCACGCCCUGUAUGGGGGCUGGAUGAGCCCUACACGCUGUGUAAGAGCCCCACACCCCAUGUGAGGGCUCCGUGAGCCCUACACGCUGUGUAAGGCUGACACAACACUGUAAGAGCUACAGGUUGUAGGGGCACUGCACACUGAGAGCUGCACCCCGCUGUUUUUCUAUAGGAGAACUGGAGCAAGCCCCUAUACAGCACCCUUAAAGUUCAAGCUGCUCCCUAUAAGUGAACCAGAAACUAACCCCAAACAGCCUAAAAUACCCCAAAACCUCACAGCCCAGCUAAUACCAGCGCUGCCUCCCCUGUGCAGGGCUUGGGGACCAGCUUCGGGAUGGGGGCGGGGGGGAGGAAGAGGAUGAGGAAGCUCAUGGAGGGAGCAGGUGCCGGCGUCCCUGUCCCCAUCCCAUCCCCGAUGAUCCCAAAAGAUCAGGGACACA